AUGACUGAGAUUGAAUAAUUAAAUGAUGAACAAAUCAUCAAAUACUAGACUUUCCACAAAAAACUUAGAAUUGAUAUGGAAAAAGCUCUAUAGAAACUCAAAUAAUUAUAAAUCAAACAAGAUGAUUAUUAACUUGUUACAGAAUACAUUAAAAAUUAAAAAGGAUAAUCACAAACUAAAAUGAAUGUUGGAGCUAAUACAUUCCUAAAUGUUGAAUUGUAUUAAACACAAUUCUAAUGAAUAGAAUAAAUCCUAAAUUGAUAACACUUGAUAUAGGAAUGAAUAUAUUUGUUGAAUUAAAUUUUUAAGAAGCCAAUAAUAUAAUUACAAAACAAUUAUAAACACUUUCAUUCAAAAUUGAAGAACAAAAUAAAACAAUACUUGGUGUAUAACAAUAUAUUGAUUAAGUUGAAAAGAUUUUAUUAUAAGUUAAGUGA